UUGAGGAGUGAACGUUUAAAACUUUUAUUCACAUAAAAUCACUCCCCAAUAAUUAUUUAUUUGUACCGGUCAUUUAAAAAACUCAUUUCUUCCAUUGGAGCUGGAGUAGCAUAACUGCAUAACUCAGCCUGCUUUCCCUGUUUGUCAACUCCCCCGUCUCACGAGGAGGUAAAUGGCAGAGAGUAUCGCACAAGCGCAACAACCGGCUUCUUUUGAUUAUGAGCUCUAUGAAGGCGAUCCUGAUCAUCUUAGGACUGUUGUAGCUACGCCGAAUCAAGCUACUCCUUGGAUAGAUCCUGCAACAUUGAAACUUAAGCAUAGGAUUGGCCGUGGACCGUUUGGUGAUGUCUGGUUAGCAACACAUCACCAGUCAUCUGACGAAUAUGAUAGGUAUCAUGAAGUGGCUGUUAAGAUGUUACAUCCGGUUAAGGAGGAUCACAUGCAAAAAUUUCUGAACAAGUUUGAGGAGAUUUUUUUAAAGUCUCGCCAACUUCAAGGUGUAUGUUGGUUGCAUGGUAUCUCUAUAAUAUCUGGGAAGAUCUGUAUAGCAGUUAAAUUUUACGAGGGAUCAGUUGGCGACCAAAUCGCCCGGCUAAAGGGAGGAAAGUUGUUGCUGCCUGAUGUUUUAAGGUAUGGAAUUGGGCUGGCAAUAGGAAUCCAAGAAUUGCACUCACUAGGCGUCCUGGUUCUGAAUAUUAAGCCAACUAAUUUCCUCAUUGAUGACCAUGACCAAGCAGUUAUUGGAGACUUCGGAAUUCCAUAUCUACUUAUGGGAAUUCCACUGCCUGAUUCAAAUUUCGCUAUCAGACUUGGAACACCCAACUACAUGGCUCCAGAACAAUGGGAACCAGAAGUAAGAGGGCCAAUAACCUUUGAAACUGAUACUUGGGGUUUUGGAUGCAGCAUUGUGGAGAUGUUAACCGGAAUUCAGCCCUGGUUUGGGAAAUCUGCUGAAGAGAUUUAUCAAUCAGUCGUGAUGAAGCAAGAAAAACCACUAAUUCCAGCCGGUCUCCCCCCUGCAGUUGAGAAUGUCAUUAGUGGUUGUUUUGAGUAUGAUCUACGCAAUCGUCCUUUGAUGGCAGAUAUUCUUCAUGCAUUUGAGAGUUCACAGAAUGCGGUUUACAGUGAUGGUGAAUGGAUUGGUCUGGAAAGCAGAAAGGUCCCUGAGAAGUUAAGUGGCAAGUGCUUUUCCACAUGGUUCCUCUCAAAGGAUCUUCUUCAAGUGGGUGACACAGUACGCUCAAGAAAAGCACCAGACUCUUGCAAGCCGCAAACCAUGGUUGUUCCCGAGGGGACUGUAGUUGGCUUGGAGAAGGACACUGAUAGAGAUGGAUUUGUUCUGGUGCGUGUUCCUAGAGUGCACGAUCCACUGAGGAUAAAUGUCUCAACCCUAGAGAGGGUGACAACUGGUUUGGCUGUUGGUGAUUGGGUGCGAUUGAUGGAGGAAACUAACAAGCACUCAUCUAUUGGUAUUAUACAUUCAAUACAUCGUGAUGGUAAUACUGCAGUUGGUUUUCUAGGGCUGGAGACUCUUUGGGAAGGACAUUCGUCUAAGCUUCAGAUAGCAGAGCCAUAUUUUGUUGGAAAUUUUGUGAGGUUGAAGGCAAAUCUCUUCACUCCACGCUUUGAAUGGCCUCGUAAAAACGGAGGUACAUGGGCUACUGGGAGGAUUUCACAGAUACAUCCAAAUGGGUGCCUUGUUGUGAGGUUCCCUGGAAGGUUUGUGUUUGGAAAUGAACCAAACAGCUUUUUGGCUGAUCCAGCUGAUGUAGAGACCGUUACUUUUGAUACCUAUCCUGGGCUAGUGGGGAAAUACCAGCAUAUUGAGGAUUAUCACUGGGCUGCUCGGCCACUAACCAUUGCAUUUAGCCUCUUUACUGCUAUUAAGUUCGGUAUCUUUGUUGGGAAAAGUAUGGGUGCAGGAAAAAAGAAGAGAGGUCACACUCAAAUUCGUCGUGAUGACCAUGCUCAAGACGCCCAAACUGCUGCCAAUUCUUCAUGGCUUCCACCGCCAGUAGCCAACAUUCUCUUUGGAGAAGGUCCUACUGCUACUGCUAGGUGACUUGCGUCACUCUUGUACAGUCCUGGCAGAUAAACUUAAUGUUAAUGUACUCUACCCACAGACAAUGUACGAAGUUCUUCAGUGUUAAUAUAGUGUUUGUAUAUA